AUGGCCUUGAUCUCUUUGUGCCCACUCCUCUGUUUGUUCUGGAAAAAAGAAGAGACCACUAAAGGAGACCUUGUAUAUCUGGCAAGAAGAAGGGGAACUAGUUUAGGGCCUGAGGAAAGGAAGAGCAAUACAGCAGCACCUAAGAGAAGACAACACAGGCCCAGCAUUCCCGACCUCCAACCACAGGCCCAGCAUUCCCGACCUCCAACCACAGGCCCAGCAUUCCCGACCUCCAACCACAGGCCCAGCAUUCCCGACCUCCAACCACAGGCCCAGCAUUCCCGACCUCCAACCACAGGCCCAGCAUUCCCGACCUCCAACCACAGGCCCAGCAUUCCCGACCUCCAACCACAGGCCCAGCAUUCCCGACCUCCAACCACAGGCCCAGCAUUCCCGACCUCCAACCACAGGCCCAGCAUUCCCGACCUCCAACCACAGGCCCAGCAUUCCCGACCUCCAACCACAGGCCCAGCAUUCCCGACCUCCAACCACAGGCCCAGCAUUCCCGACCUCCAACCACAGGCCCAGCAUUCCCGACCUCCAACCACAGGCCCAGCAUUCCCGACCUCCAACCACAGGCCCAGCAUUCCCGACCUCCAACCACAGGCCCAGCAUUCCCGACCUCCAACCACAGGCCCAGCAUUCCCGACCUCCAACCACAGGCCCAGCAUUCCCGACCUCCAACCACAGGCCCAGCAUUCCCGACCUCCAACCACAGGCCCAGCAUUCCCGACCUCCAACCACAGGCCCAGCAUUCCCGACCUCCAACCACAGGCCCAGCAUUCCCGACCUCCAACCACAGGCCCAGCAUUCCCGACCUCCAACCACAGGCCCAGCAUUCCCGACCUCCAACCACAGGCCCAGCAUUCCCGACCUCCAACCACAGGCCCAGCAUUCCCGACCUCCAACCACAGGCCCAGCCUUCCUGACCUCCAACCUGGCAUCAGAAGGCAGCCUGAGUGGGGCUGUUCCUCCCAAAGAAUAAAUGUGAAGGAACACCAGGUGGUGGUUUAG